CUAUUUGCACUUUGAAUCAAUGCACUUGUGAUAAAGAUCAUUUUGCAAAAGAUCAGAUAACGUGUGCAUCUUUUACUAAGAUUCCCUGUUCCAGUAAAUUUCCAUGUACAAUGGAUCAUUCUCUGUGUAUGGAUAAUAUGUGCCAAUGUGAACCUACGUUUGUGUACAACUCUUCUAAAUGUAUUCCUCUUUACCUCGAUGGAUUUUGCAAAAGUAAUAAUGAUUGCAAUCAGAUCCUAAAUGCAAGAUGUUCAGCUGGCAAUGUAUGUGUUUGCGAUGAAAAUCAUAUUAAAUUCAGCGAAAAAGUCUGUACACCGGUGCUGUCACAUCAUUGUCUUGAAGAUGAAGAGUGUAUAGCUAUUAAUUCAAUUUGCACCAUGAAUAAAUGUCAAUGCAAACCACAUUAUGUGAGGCGAUGGACAAAUUUAUGUGAAUUAUGCAAGUUGAAAACUGAGUAUUAUUCGUGAAUAAAUAAUUAAUGAUAGAUGAGUAGUUCCA